AUGAAGUCUCUCACAGUGUUCCUUGCGGCUCUGCAGAGCGCCGCAGCCUUUCCUGCGGUAAUGGAAUCUUUGUCCAAACGCCAGUCCAACACCUGUACUACCAGUGCAAAAUGCAAUGAGCAAUACGAAGUCACGGACGCAGACAUUGGCUACAACCCCAACGCACCCACUGCCGCCCAGAUUGCAAGCGCUGGCCGCAAUCACUGCGGUAACUUGGUCCCCUGCACCCUGUUCAGUGCUGCGGAACAAUACGUUUCUACCAGCGGAGCCAACGCCUUCCAGUCCCCAAAGUCUACAGAUCUUCGUGGUCCUUGCCCCGGCCUUAACGCAGCCGCCAACCAUGGCUACCUAGCCCGCAACGGGGUGCAGUCGCUCGCGCAGACAAUUACAGGCCUUGGUCAAGCCUAUGGGAUGUCUGUUGACCUUGCUGGUAUAUUGGGUGCAUACGCCAUCGCCUUCGAUGGAGACUUGGUCUCAAUGACUUGGUCCAUCGGUGGACCACAAGCCAAACUUGGGGCUAUCGAUUCUGGUCAGGGCAUCUCUUGGUCUCACAACAAGUAUGAGGGCGACACCUCUAUCUCUCGCUGUGACGCAUACAUCAACAACGGUGACGCCCACUCUCUGAGCCCUACCCGAUUCGCAUAUGCAUACUAUGAGGGUCUCGAGGACGACCGCCUCGACAUGGACAAGUUCGCCCGUGCCUUUGCGAAGAAUACCCACCGCUCGAUCGGACAGAACCCAUACUACUUCGCUCCGUUGUUCUCCACAACCUUGGUUAGCCCAGCGGCGUACAACUUCGUCAUCGCCAUGAUGUCCAACCAUACUGCCGACCAGCCCGGUGGCUAUCUGAACGAGGACAUGUUCAAGACAUUCUUCGCCGUCACUGGCGACUAUCCUAACUACGAGUGGCAUCCAGGUCAGGACAGAAUCCCAGAUAACUGGUACCGCCGGCCAAGUGCUCAGCCAUAUACUGCUACUACAGGAGUUUUCGGCGAUCUGUUGUCAGAGUUUGCUGCGUACCCUGAUUCGUUCCGUUUCGGCGGCAACACAGAUGGAGUAAACACCUACACUGGCAUUAACAUCAGGGACUUCUCCAGCGGUCUCUACAACGCUCAGAACCUCUUCGAGGGAGACAAUUUCGCUUGUUUCGUGUAUCAAAACAUCCAACAAGGUCUGCCAGAUGUCUUGAACGCCAACCCUCUGGUGACCGCGGCUGUGACACUGCUCCAGAAGCAAUUCGGCAUUGCUUUCUCUGCUAUCAGCUGCCCGGCCAUUUCCGAAUUCAACAACAACAACUUGCCACCAUACCCAGGCAGAUCUUACAGCCCCAACCCACCAAGCAACGCGCCGCAGAACUGCUGA